ACAAUAAUGUUUACGAUAGUCUCACACCACACGCUCGUUGACUCAUCGUCGAAACGAUUAGUCGACAGGUCUGUUGCCGUUCAAUCGUAGACGAGACACCAGUUACGGUCAGUUACGGUGACCACGUCAACUUCGUGAACGGUUCGUCCAGCAAAACAUUUCUGUAUCGAUCGUUAUUAUUUUCACCGAACGAUAUCCUCUUGAUCGAUUGUAUUAUCGUAGUAUCUUUAACGUAUCAGUGAAAUUAACUAUAUUUUUAAAGUAGACUAACGUUAAACGUCUUUGUUGAAUUCAGUUUUUUCCCUUUGUCUGUUUUCAUUUUCUACAGUUAACAACCAUUUGUUCAUUUUCAUUUCACAAUGGAAAAAAACGGAAAUGCUGACCUUAAAUGUGAAAACGGUAACUAUGAUACCACUACGUCGAAUUGCAGCACUCAAACCACACAGAUUGAUGGACUGAACAGAUCAACUAUGGAUACUGCUGAUGCUUUUGGCUCAUUAUUUAAAAGUACACCUCGCCAAGGAGAUGGUAUUAGUUCAACAGACAAGGAAGCUUGGUAUUAUAAUAUGCGUCAUAAGAAUCGUGGAAAGGCUAUAAUCUUUAAUCAUGAAAACUUUGAAAUCAGAGAUCUUAAAUCUAGAGCUGGUACUGGAUUGGAUUGUUUUAAUUUGGAAUCGUCUUUGAAGAAACUUGGUUUUGAUGUUACUCCUUAUGUGGAUUUAACAUUGGAUCAAUUAGAUAAAAAACUUGAUCACUGGGCUAAAGAAGACUACUCUCAAUAUGAUUGUUUUUUGAUGGCAGUAUUGUCUCAUGGUGAACAAGGUAUUAUUUAUGCUAAAGAUGGAGCUUAUAAACCAGAAGACAAACUUUGGGGACGAUUUACCGGUGAUAAGUGUGUAACAUUAGCUGGUAAACCAAAGUUAUUUUUCAUUCAGGCUUGCCAAGGAGACAGACUUGAUGGAGGAGUAAGUUUGAGGACUCAAGUAGAUGGCAGUUCUUCAUUCAAGAUACCAAUUUAUGCUGAUUUUCUUAUCGCUUACUCUACAAUUCCUGGUUUUUAUUCAUGGCGUAAUACUCAAAAAGGCUCUUGGUUUAUGCAAGCUCUAUGUGAAGCUUUUGAUAAAUAUGGUUUUACACUAGAUCUCUUAACUUUAUUGACUUUUGUAAAUCGUAAGGUAGCAAUCGAAUAUGAAUCUAAUGUUCCUACAAAUAUUUAUAUGCACCAACAGAAACAAAUUCCUUGCAUUACAUCCAUGUUAACUAGAUUGGUGAAAUUUGAAAAAAAUGAUUAAUUUAUGAGGUAUGAAUAUAAAAUACAUUCCACAUAAUUUUUAAAUUCAUUUUUG